GAUGCCGGCGGCGCGCGGCGGGCGGUGGGGGCGCCUUCCCGAGCGGAGGGCGCAGCAGCUGCAGCGGCAAAUGCAGGUGAGGGGGGUGACCCCCGGGAGCCUGCCCUCUGACCCCCCGCCCUCCGACCCCCACCGCCGAGCACAGGCCUGGGAGCGGUCGGGUGGGUUUGGGGGUCCUACCGAGACCGGCAGCGGGAAGACCCACACGAUGCUGGGCCCGCAGCCCCCAGGCACCGCCGGGCACCGGGGCCUCGUCCCCAGGGCCACCGAGGAGCUCUUCCCGUGGGUGCGAGCCGACCCCUCGGAGCGGCCCCGGGUGGAGGUCUCCAUCCUGGAGGUUUACAACAACGAAGUGAUGGACCUCCUGGCCGAGGACGGCCGCCUGGCGAGGCCCGGGCUCAGGCGCGAGGUGCUGACCAGGGCGGGGCGGACGGCGGCGCCCCCGCUGACCUGCCGGUGAGCCCUGGGGAGCGCGGGGCGGCCGCUGGAGCUCGCGGGGGCCGGCCUGCGGCUCCCCACCGCCGUGCAGGCCGCCUCGUCCCGCUCCCUCCUGGUCGUCACGGUGACGCUGACCGCGGCCGCCGGGGACGGCACCCCGCAGCCUCUGCCGUCUCCGUCACCGCCAGCCCUUCCCGACUGUGCCACUGUCCUUGCAGCGGAGCCGUCCCCGCCGGCAGCAGGGAGGCGGCCGAGUGCUCCCCGCAGAGCCCCACCCCGGCCCCCGGGAGCCCCGCCCGGCCGCCCAGCAGGGGGCGCCCUGCAGCUGGUGGACCUGGCGGGCAGCGAGUGUGCAGCGGCGUCCGGAGCGAGGGGACCGGCGCUGAGGGAGGCGUCCUGCAUCAGCCGGAGCCUGGCGGCCCUGGCGGACGUCCUGGGGGCGCUGGCGGCGCGCGGAGACCACGUCCCAUACCGCAGCAGCAAGCUCACCCACCUGCUGCAGGACGCCCUGGGACGCCCCGGCGGCGACGCCAAGCUGCUGCCGACCGUCUGCGUGUCCCCCCCCCCCCCCCGCGAGCACGUGGCCGAGACGCUGCAGAGCCUGGGCUUCGGGGCCGCGCGCGGCAGGUGGAGCGGCGGGGGCGGCAGGGGGUCCGCCCGGCCCCAGGGGCCCCAGUGAGGAGCGUGGGUGCCUGCGGGCUCCGUCCUCCUGCUCCUCUGUUUCCUGCCACGAAUGAAUGCACGUGUGAUGUUCUCACCCCGAAAUGAACUCGUUUACGUCGGACGUGAAGCCCUGGUUUCCCCACGGGAACAGCC